AUGCAACGUGACCAUUAUAACGUGACUACAAUAGCUCCCGGUAGCCUUGUAAUUUAUUAUUAUUCAGUCCUGAAUGCCGUCAGAACUCUUCCCCUCCUUGAAUUCUUAGAGUUGAUUAUUGGAGGUUCUUAUGCGCCAGACCUCCAGCUACAAUCUCUACGUAAUUUGCAGAGCAUCAAAAUAUAUGCGCCCACCAACGACUACUUUAUGAAUAUUAUCGAACCCCUUUCGCUCUUGAUUGCGAACUCGCCAAACCUUCAUACCCUUCAUUUGAGACCUGGGAAUUUGGCAGGAAUUCUCACUCAAGCUCGACAGCGUAACACUUCCCCAUUUCCACCGCCCAACGUCCCUGACGCUACUCAAUUACACGACAUCGGAAUCUGGUACGGCGGAAAGCUCGCAUCCGGAGGAGAUAUGGGCGAUAUUGAAGACGACCGAUACCGCGAGACUCAAUGUGAUCUUGCCGCCAACCGAUUUUAUAACCUUUGUUUAGUAGGCAAGCAUACGAACUCUCUUGAAAAACUCGUCGUUGAGGCUGAGUAUGAAGGAGGGUGGUGCCUCGGGGAUCAAGCUCUCGCAGUGAUCUCGCUAUGCAAGAAGUUGAAGAUCCUCGAGGGUUGCCUCGUUUCGCAAGCCCUCCAUAACGCUGUGAAGUCGUUGAUUGAUGUUACCACCCAACUCCCUCGCAUAGAGAAACUGAUCGUUCAUCCUGCGGACUUGGAGGACGACCGUUGGAUAAUCUGUAGUUACCCAAGUGGCUCAGGGAGGGGCCAUUUUGAGACUGUGACGACGCGGCUCUCAAAAUGCAUUAGAGAGUACGAAGUAACUGAGUCUUCCGAACCCGUUCCCUUGAUCCUCGUAGGCUCAAGGAAGUUUAUGAUGACGCCGAGUGAAGGUGCUGGAAGUGCUGAUGGUAUCAGUGCGACUCUAGUGAGCCUGACGACAGUGAUGAGUCUGACGGCAGUGAUGAGCCUGACGACAGCGAUUACUGAACGGUAA